GGCUGAGGCCUCAGCGUACAGCCGUACAGCACGAGCCAUCAGUCUCUUGAUAGGCUCGCCUCACACCUCAGAGAAGCCUGCCCGACACUGCUGCCGAGCAGUUCACGAUCUCCGUCGCUCGAGAUGGCGCCCAAAAGCGAGCACGCGUCCAAGCAAGCGAGUGUGAGAGGCAGCGCAACGCCCAUGGAUGUGGAUGCUAAGCAACCUGCUGCAUUCUCCACCUCCAAGGCGAAAGCGUCUUCCUCAUCUCUCUCCAACACAGCUCAGCGGCCCAAGUCUCCUCCUCCACCGACAGAAUAUCGAGAUAUUCCUCUGCUCUCUUUGUCCAAUGCCAGCUCCCUCUUUGAUACUUCUACCGAUCAGAAGGGAGAAGCAAAGGUGAAGACGCACCUCCUCAAAUUGGUCUCCAAUGCCUCCAUCGAUCUCAGCUCAGCGGAAAGAUUCUCUCAACCACUUCGAUUGAAUAGAAAACUUCUACCAAAGCUGAAAGCUCCAAGACCUAACCCGGGGGAUGUGAUACCGGACAAGUAUGGUAGACCGAUUCUCGGUUUGGGAGAUGAUGGCAAGUCCCCGUUGAGGUGGCCCAGGAAUCGGCAAGAAUUGGAUCAGGUCAAGGCUUGGCUAGACAAGGGCAAGGAGGAAAAAACGAGUCAAGUAGAUGUCUCCCAGAUAGCUCCCACCUCGAGCAACGCAGCCCAACGCAACAAAACUCAGCUCUUCAAGAAGCGGGUCAGGGAAGUUCAUAAGGCAGCAUCUUCGUCGCGCAAAACGUGGAAUGAUGAGAGGUUACCUUGGAUCUUGGAAGAUCAAGAGACGUCCAAGGAGUGGGAGAGUAGCAGGACGCUCAAUCCCAGCGGCCUGGCCGCUCUUCGAGAAGAGGUGGAAAAAUUUGAAAGAGGAGAAAAGAGCAAUGUUCGGUUUGUGCAAGAGCCGCUCACCGAGGCUCCCACCGGAGAUGGUAUGAGCACUAUCAAUAUCAGCGCCGAUUCUGGCGGGCAAGUGAAAAGGGAGCCCGCCGAAACGUUGGAACCAGCAAUCAAGACGGAAGUGAAAGGCUCGAUCGACAACAAGACGACAAAUCAUUCUCCUUGGCUCGGCAAGUUGGAAGGGGAUAACGGAGACGCCAACAAUCAUGUGCUGUUUGUGUUCGAUAGUGCUGGCGAAGGCGGCUUUAGGUGCAUUCCAUUGAGCAAGACCUACAGAUUCUUGCAGAAGAGCACGAAUACUCUUUCGGCGGAAGAGGUUGAGAGAGAGUACGAACGCUACCAAAAAUCGCGAGAUAAUGGCGCGUCGCGUUGGAUGUUGCGAGUACAAGAAUCCAUCUCGCUUGGAGCUGAAGGGCGCUCCUCUCGUCGCAAUCAGCCUUCCAGCUCUUCUUGGCGUACCGGUGGAGGAGUGAAGAAGGAGGAUCCUGGUGGGGAUGAAGACGAUCUCGAUAGCGUGCCCGAGUGGAAGCACUUGCUCUUGCCAAAUGGGAGCACCCUAAGCGCGGCUAUCGCUAGCAGCUCGGAGAAGAAAACCCGUAGCAGGCAGCCGGUGGGCGGCAGGAGAAGGCGCGAAUCAAACGAGGGCAGAUACGACGAGCUAGACUUUCAGGAAGAGAUGGCGGACGAUGAUGAUCGCAACGAGAUGGAAGGGUACGAUUUGGGCGAUGAAGAGACGCAUGAGCUAGAGGAGAGAAUGAAGAGAGAGAUGGCCAAAGCUGAAGCCUCCGACGAGGACGAGGAUGAUGAUUUUGCACCGCAAGAUGAUUUGUUUGGAGGGUCUACCAAGAGGCCAGGAAGUAGAAAGGACGACAUGUUGACGGGAAGCGACAAUCAGAUGAAUCGAAUCGUCAAAGCGCUAGCAAGAAACAUGGGCAAUGAAGCGUAUGAAGAGGAAGAAAACCCUUACCUCAGCGAUGAAUCGGACGAGUCUGAUCUCGCGGUUGCCAAUCCCGAGAAGGCGCUGCAGGAAGUGCGCGAGGAGAGAGAGAAGCGCGAUAAGGAGGAAAGGGAGAGGUUGAAAGCUAUGGGAGGCAUCGGCAAUAACGGCUCGACAUCGGUCUCCACACCUGGCAGAGAAACACCACCUCCGGGCACAAAGAGCGGCAACGCGACGCCGAGCGGAAGGACGGAGAAGCACAAAUCGGCUGGCGCAGGCUCGAUCGUGAUGGGACAGAAGCAUAAACCUGGAGCUGGACAUGCUAGUGUGGCUCAACGAGCUACCAGCCCUUCUGCGAGCGCGAGCAGGCAGAACAAACAUUCGAGAGCCAACAGCAGAUCUACUAGCCCUGUUGCGGGUGGAAGUGGAGGCGCAGGCUCGAGUGUCAGAGCGACGGGCCCAAUGUCAAGAACGCCCACGAACCCGACGCCGUCGACGGCGGAUCGCAAUUCGUCGAACAAGCGCAAGAGCGAAGCGCCAGUAUCGCAUUCUGACAUGGCUUUGAGUACUCAGGAUCGAGGCAAGAGGGCACGCACGACGACGGCUGGACCUGGUUCGAAUGCGGGCGCAAGUGCGGGUGCAAAUGCGCACGCAUCGCGUAGAGGUUCCCCUCUGGGCACAUCUCCCAACGCUUCUCGCGCCGUCUCUCCCUCUUCCGGCAUUGUCGGCGGCGGCGGCGGCGGCACUUCUAGCAGCAGCAGGAAGGAAUUGACGUCGAUAGAAUUGGAUGUGGUGCGCACUGUGCGUGCCAAUCCGGCAAUGAAGCAUUCGAAGGAAGUGGUCAGGCUUUUCAAAUCGAAGAUGAAGACGGAACAGAGCGAGGCUUAUUUCACGGCUAUCAGCAGACUCCUCGUCAUGGAUGAGACCAGCGGAACAUACAAAGUCAGAGAUUGGGUCAAGGAUUGACGAGAUGAAGGAUUUUCUGUUGUGCUCUACUCCAUUUGCACCUCUACGAUUGCGUCUCUAGAAGUAGACAGGAAGUGGCUAGCACGAGGAAGUCCAAGGUUCCGAAAGGCUCUACGAGGUACCAGCCACCCGCUCCCCCCCACACCUCACUCAACUCAUCAAACUUCAGCGCGAACACUCCCAUUCACCUAUCUUCAUGCCACACGGACGUGUUACCCCACAUUGCUCCUGAAUCUCCAUCACACUUCACUUCGACCCCCUCAACCCCGCCUCCCCUUCCGUAGUCUCACGUGUUCGAGAAAACAAAACCAUGUAUCCUGGGAGUGUUUGUCGCUUUUGCGAGAAAGCGUGACGAUGCGUCGUCUCG